AUGCAUAUGCUUCUGAGGUCUGAGAUGAUGAGAGUCUGGGUAUACUCAAAGGGUUUCUCUGGGAUGUUAUACUGGUGUAACUUUCAUGUCAUCUUCUUUGUCGACAGAGUUAUUGUUGAACAUUCGCACACUUCCUUUGACGAGACUGAUGCUAAUAUCAUGCAAGUUGAGUCGUUGACAAUAGUAGAGUUAGAGGACACAGACAGAUCCGAUAAGACUGAAAAUAGCGAGAAAGUCGAAACCCACACCGUCCACCAUUUGAAUGAAGUCCACGAAUUGCAUACAAAAGAAGAAAAUGAGACAAAAGAGAUAUCAACACCAAACUCGACUAGUCCUCUUUCUAAAGAGAACAAAAGUGAUCAAAACUCAUCCGAGUCUUCUGAAGUAGAAAUGCCUGAAGAUGUCCAAACCACUCGAAAGAAUAAAGGAAAGAACGUUGGACAUUCAAUAUCUAAUUAUAUGAACGUUAUCGUGUUAAUCACUGCUCUUUCAAUACACUCAUUGUUUGAAGGAUUAGGGUUAGGUGCUUCUAAUGACCCAUUGUUGAUAUUUAUUGCUAUUGUAGCACACAAGUGGGCAGACUCUGGAUUAGCUGUCUUAUACUUAAUGCAGAAGAUCCGACGGUGGGUGGUGUGUGUUAUUAUAUUAUUCAUAUUCAGUUUAUUCACGCCAAUUGGUGCAUUGAUAGGGUCCUAUAUCAUCGCUUCGCUUGAAGACGAAAAACAAAGUUGUUUAGUUCAAGGCAUUAUGUGUUGCAUUGCCGCAGGGUCGUUCUUGUUUGUUUCAAUAGUAGAAAUACUCGGAGAAGCAUUUGAGGAACACCACCAUAAUGAAUACGAUUCACAUACACACCACGGAGGAAAGGAAGAGUGCUCAAAGUGUGAAGAUGAAGCUGGAAAGGGGGAUAUUAAAAGUAAAGAACACAGAGACUUUGUGAUUGAUAAGUAUAUCAAAUUUGGACUCGCCUUU